AUGUUUAACAUCGAAUUUGAUUAAGAUGUUGAAUUAAGAGCUAUGCAAAAUGAAGAUUUCGAAUAAUAAUACCUCGAGCAUUGCUUGAGAGAAUACAGAAAAGAGCCAGCUCUAACAAUACCGCAGAUUAGUAGAACCUUAAGUCAGAAAACAAUUGAAGCUGAAUGUCUGCAUAAAAUAUCAGAGACUCCGUACGAUGAAAACUUUAUUCUGACCUAAGCACAAAGCUCUGAUAUAUUCGGUCUUAAAUAUCUCAACCAACACGAAAGAAGAGGUAGUAUACCUAAUGCUGGAACAAGUCUUAUGUGCAGUUUUUACAUUAGGAGAUUUAUAGAGAAGAUUUCUCAGAGCAGGAAAAAACUACUUAGCAUGAACGAGAUUCAUUUCAAUCUUAUAGAAGAUAAGGCAGCAGACAUGCAAAACCUAUUCAAUCAUCAAAGUGAAUGCAAAAGACAAGGGUUUACUUUGGGUAAGAUGAAAACAUUAUUGAGAAAAGAAACAGUCAUCACAGAUUUGAGUACUUAGGAGGAAAUCAAAGAGUAGAUCAGAAAGAUCAAGAAGUCAUUUCUGAACUUUAUUACUGUAAUGGUUAAUAAAAUUCCAAUCAUUCAACCUGAGUCUCGUUUAAAAAUGAUCUGGGACUUCUUUGCUUCAUUUUUUAGAAUUCUCUUAGUCAUCCUCAUACCUCUGGAAAUAGCAUUUUAACCAUGCAUUUUAUUUACUGACUUCAUUGUUCUUACUGCAAUGAUUUUAUUGGUAUUGUAGAUUGAUUUCUUGAUUAGAAUAAAUACACUUUCCUAUAGAAAUGGAGCAGCAAUAUAAAAUAGAUGGGAGUUAUUGGUAUAUCAAUUUAAAAAGGAAUUCUUAACAGAUUUUUCGACAUCAUUUCUAUUAAUAAUCUUCAUAAUAAUACCAGAGAUGGAUAACAAUUUAAAUUUAUUUUUAUUAUUGACUUUGGCAUAGUAUAAGUAUAUUCAUGAAACAUUUGCAAAAAGUGAUUAGAUAUCCUAUUUAACAAGACCCUUAAGAGGAAUUAUAGGUUUGAUUAAGUUUAUACUUACACUCUUGUUUAUACUUCAUUUAUUCAGUUGCAUUUGGUUUUGGUUUAGUAAGUUAAGUCUUGAGGAUUCCUGGAUUAAAUUUAACGGAUUGGAUCUGAAAUCUUGGGAAUUGCAAUAUUUAGAAGCAUUGUAUUUCGCUGUUGUGACAAUGCUUACAAUAGGUUAUGGUGAUAAUGUACCCAAGAAUUCAAUAGAGAAGAUAAUAACGAUGGUUUUUAUAUUGGGAGCAUGUUUAUGGUUCUCUUAUAGUGUAAAUUUUAUAGGAGGCAUUAUCAAUGAUAUCACUUAAAAUCAGGUGGAAAGAAACAGAAAGAUGAGAGUUAUAAACAAGUACAUGGACCAAAGAAAGAUUCCAUUCAAUUUGAAACACAAAGUAAAAGAAUACUUAACGUUUAGAUGGAAAGAAGAUGAUGAGGUAGAUUUGGAAAUAGAACAAACUUUGCUUGAAUAAUUAUCUGAUGAAUUGAAAGAAGAAUUGGAUAAAGAAGCUCAUAAGAUCUUUAUAUAAAAGUCAGCACUUCUUUAACAUUUCAGUGAUGAAUUGAAGGAUGCCUUAUCCAAGUCAAUCAAAAGGAAAAUCAUUCUUCCUUAGAACACCUUCUCAAUUGACUUUGAUGAUUAUCAACAUUUAUGUUAUGUAGAACAAGGAGUACUACUCUAUCAACAUCUAGAUAGAAAAUAAAGAUACAAGAUGAAUGCUCCUAUAAAAUAAGGUCAGUUUUUUUGUGUUUAAGACUUUAUCAUUCAAAGUACUAAUAAAGAUUACUUUAAAUCGAAUGGUUAUGUCAGUUUGUUGAUCUUAUCCAAAUUGGAUUUUAUGACAACCAUUAAAAAUUAUCCUGAAGACUUCCAAAAGUUUUGUGAGAUGCGAGAACUUAUGACCUUAAGUCUUAAUCCUCCAUAAUUAGAAAAUGGUGUAUUUUGUCCUGCUUGCUUAUGUUUCAAACACUCUAUGACAAAAUGUCCUCAAAUACAAUAUAUUCCAGACAGAGAGGCAAUAUUAAAGAAAUAUUUACUACCACAAGUUCAAGAUAGGAAAUACUAUUAGAGAGAUCUCACAAAACGAUUCAACAGUGAUCAAAUCAUCAGUAGAUCAAGAUAAGAGAAAGAUUUAAUCUAACAAUUCGCUUAGGUGUUCUAAUCUGAGAAUCACUAAUUAAUCUCAUAAUAAUAAAAGGUUUAAUUGAUUUAUGAAUAAGAUUCUAUUAGCUCGGCUGGAGAUCCUAGUCCCUCUAAUAAGAUUCAGUAUGAGGGUGGAUUUCAAGCUGCGGUUCAGAAAUCAAAAAGACUUAUCAGUGAUCCUCCAAACCAGACAUCUUCUAACUCUAAGUUGUAGGAUACUAAAUAAAGUCUUCAUUAGGCAAUGCAAAACAGAAAGCAAUCCGUUUUUAAUUUAAAUAUUCCUUCGAAUUUAGGGAAAAGUCCAAAGAAUUUUAUAAUACCUAAAGUAGACAUUAUUAAAGAAAAUGAAGAAAAUGAGGAAAGCAAUUCUAGUGAUGAUAGUAGGAGUAGUAGUAAUGAAAAUCAUGAGGUAAAAAAUUAGCUCAGUGCUUCUGAAUUCAAUGAAAAUAUGAUGGAGAAUGUCAUUAAUUUAUAUCACCAAUUAUAAAGAGAAUUAGAAUUGAAUGAAAAUGAUUAAACUAUUUAAAAAGCUUAUCUUUAAAUAGAACCAAUCUAUUGGUCAUUUCAUCAACAAAAUGUGUCUGAAUUUGAAAUGAUGACAACUUACGAUUAUUUCUUUAAGAAUUUCAAUUAUAAUGAGAUUAUCAAAUUGGCUUAAAAAAAUACAUUUGUAUGGUAAUCGCAAUACAUUAAUAAAUUAUAAAAGUACAUGCUUUAUCCAUUUCUCUUUAUUUCAAAAUAUAUGAGCAAAAAGAGGAAUUCAAAGAAUACAGAAAAAAUUAAGAGGGAUCCUUCGAAACGAUUGAAUAGUCGUUUAAAUACCUUAAAAAAUAGUCUUAAAUUAAAAAAAAAAUAAUCCGUCUUACUUAAGCCAAUCAAGAAGUUAGGAUAAGUGGCUCCAGAACCUUGA